GUCUCUACAAAAGCAAGUAACCUGGUCCCUCACAGCCAAAUAUGUUUCAGGACCACUGAAGUACAAAUAAUACUUACUGACAUUCUCUGACCAUGAAAAUGGACGUUAAUAUAGCUGUGAUGAAAGGAGAUUACAAGCGACUGAGAAAGCUUGUAGAAGAUGGAGGUGAAGUGAACGGCAGGGACAGUGAGAACAGAACGCCACUAAUGGUAUGCUGCCUUCAUAAUGGAGAGAAGUGGGCUGUAGGAGCUGCAAGAAUUCUGUUAAAUUUUGGAGCAAAAGUUGGUCAUUGUGACCAAGAGGGCCGCAAUGCUUUAAUGUACGCUAUCAUGUACGAAAGAGAAGAUUUGGUUAAACUAUAUUUGGAUGCUUUAGACUAUGGUUUGUCUCAUAAGGACAAGAGUAAUCGAACAAUUCUCUGGUACGCAACUAUGUCAAGAAAUGAAGCCAUAAAUACCAUGAUAACUGAUAUUUUAAAGCGAUACCACUUAUUGCCAAAAAUAACUAGAUUUCCAAAUCUAGAUGUUAAAUAUAAACUACCGUACCGGAAAAUAGAUGCAGACAUCUGGGACAGGAAUGAGAGAUUCUCAUUGCUGCCAAGUAUUACAAGCUGUGAUAAAAAUGUGCAAUACAGAGAAUUACCUAAAAUUAAUAAUAAUUAUCCACUUUCUGAUUGGAGAUAUGACUUCUUAAGACUUCAGGGAUUGCCAGAAUUCCAACUGUCUUCAUCAUAUUGUGCUCCCGACGGUUGCGGGCUGUCCAGGAAAAAGAAACCGAGAAAAAAAAGAAGACUGGCAGAGUUCGUAGACGAUCAGAACAAAAAAUAAGUGUAACAAUAGCAGC